UAAGAACCUCCUCGUUCCCUAUUGCUCAAUUCUUCUUUCUUUCUUUCAUUCAAUCAUACAUUCAUUGAAACACAUAAAGAGUCCAUCCAUUCUCAUAUCACGCCAGUGAUAUCUCAACCUGCACUUAAGAAGUUCAUCAUCCCCACCAACAAACUGUCUCCGUCAAGCUACCCCUACUCCAACAUCACGGCAGCCAUGUCGCCUACCACGUUCAAAGACCAAUACACCACCUUCCUCUCCACCCUCAACAACUCCUACGACCUCUGCCAAAUAAUCCGCGCCACGCGCCGUUUCGGCUCCGCUCCAACACCCAACUUCGACGCCUUCCAAUCCUACACCCUCACCUCGAAGCAAAACCUCGCUUACACAUUCACAUCACUGCGCUCCGCAUGCGGCUCACGCUUCGAUCUCGGCGACACGAUCGCGCGAACGGAACUCGACCGCGCCGUGCGCAGCCUGCUCGCGAUCCAAUCCAAGCUCUCGGGCAUCGCCUACGGCCACGAAAGAACCGGGGGUUUCCAAUCCCUGCUCUACCAGCUGCAGACCCUGGAAGCGGAAGCGCUGUCCACGUUCUCGGGGCUGAAGUACCGCCUUGAGAUCACGCAGCAGCACAAGGAGGACCCGAAACCGAAAUCUAUUCUGAAGAAAAGCAGGACCGAUGAGGUGGUCAUCGGUAUCGCGAAACUCGACGCGUAUACGAGCCACAUGAAGAACUCGUGGGUCGAGACCGAGGUCGAUGGUGAGGUGUUCUAUGUCAAUGUGUUUGAUGGGAAGAAGAAGCAGUGGGAGAGGCCGAAGGACGCGUUUGUGAUGCUGUUACCGAGGAAUGAGAAGCCGAAGGCUCCGAAGCGGACGAGUACGUGGGAGAAGGAGUCUGAUUAUGGGUGGUGAAGGGAUCAUGGGUUGGGAAUGAUUUGAUGAAGAAAAAAAUGAUACCAUGGGAGGAUCUCAGCGUUGCUUUAUCGUAGAUACAGAAAACUGGAUAGAUAUCUGCUACUUGGCGUGCACGCGAGCGUUGUAUUUUUAUUACGUUGUCAGCUUGGCUGAUUAAUGCUUCCAAAGAGGAGACUCA